AUGGAGAAGUCCGCUUUUGCUCAAGACGCCAUCGAGCCGGCUACGGCCAACUUUGGCGACUAUGAAGCGAAUUUGAAGGAUGAGAUUCACUUCAAUGUCGGUGGCCGUGGAGCCACGCAGCGACGUCUGCGGAACUAUCAGGUCACCAUGAUCGGUUUCUGCAGCGGCAUCGGCACUGGUCUCUUCGUGGGAACGGGCGCUGCAUACGCCAAAGCCGGUCCGGCUGGACUGCUGCUGGCGUUCAUCAUCGUCGGAAUGGUACUGUGGUGCGUGAUGCAGAGUAUCGCCGAGUUGGCAACGCUACUCCCCACGGCCGGAUCGUUUCCGCACUGGGCUACCCGCUUCAUUGAUCCAUCCGUGGGCUUCUCACUCGCUAUCUCAUACGGUUACUGUUACACUAUCGCUAUCGCCUCGGAGACAUCGGCUGCUGCGGUUAUUGUCUCCUACUGGACAGAUCUGACACCGGCCGUGGUCAUCACUGUGGGACUCGUACUGAUCUUGGCCAUCAACCUAAUGAGCGUCCGGUUCUAUGGCGAAACCGAAGUGAUCGGUGGCGCCAUUAAGGUCCUCUGCUUCUUAGGCCUGGUUAUUGUGUCCAUCGUCAUAACCGCUGGUGGUGGACCGAACCAUGAGACCAUCGGCUUCCGCUUUUGGCACGAUCCUGGAGCCUGGACGGACUAUAACGGCAUCACCGGCCCAACGGGUCACUUUCUUGGAUUCUUGUCUUCGUUCGUCAACGCCUCGUUCAGCUUCAUUGGUGUCGAGACUGUCGUCAUCACGGCUGCCGAAUCUGUCGAUCCGCACCGUGCGAUCCCAAAGGCUGCACGUCGGGUAACAUACCGCAUUGCUUUCUUCUACGUUUUGGGUGCUCUCCUUAUUGGGAUCAUUGUCAACCCAAAUAACAAAGCUCUUGUCUCAGCCGCGGAUAACGCAAACAGCUCGCCAUUCGUUAUUGCGAUUAAGGAGGCCGGGAUCAGUGCUCUGCCCUCUAUUGUGAAUGCCUGCAUUCUCGUUGCUGCGUGGUCCGCGGGCAACUCCUACUGCUGGGUUGGCUCACGCAUGAUCGUGGCCAUGACUACGGAUCAUCAGCUACCCCAAAUAUUUGGUCGUGUCAACAAAAAGGGCGUGCCAUACGUGGCUGUUUUUACCGCCUGGCUCUUCGGACCGUUAGCGUAUCUGAGUCUCGGGAAAGGCGGUGCAUCACAGGCUUUUACUUGGCUUCUGAACCUCAGUACAGUUGCCGGAUUAAUCGCCUGGGCCACCCUCAGCUUCUGCUACAUUCGCUUUUACGCCGCGAUGAAGGCGCAGGGUAUUAGCCGAGAUACCUUGCCCUGGAAGUCGCCCCUGCAACCGUAUGCGGCAUGGGUGGGCUUCAUCGGCUCGACCAUUAUCACUCUCAUUGCCGGUUUUCCCGUUUUCCUCAAGGGUAACUGGUCUACGUCAAGUUUUGUCGCUUCGUACAUUGGCAUUCCGAUCUUCAUUGUUCCAAUCAUUGCCUGGAAAAUCAUUAAACGAACCAAGUUUCAGCGCGCCGCCACUAUCGAUUUAUGGUCUGGCCGUCUCCAGGAGGGUGAAAUCAUUGAACAAGAAUAUCCGCAAACGCCGUGGAGGCGAUUUCUUGACUGGCUUGCUUGA